UCAGCCUCCGCCCGCCGUGUGUUUACGUGGAGACCAAGAUGGCGGCGGCGGUGACGGCGCCGGCCGUGCGGCCCGGGGCGAUCCGCCAGUGAGCGCUGAGGCCGCUCCGCUGCGGGUGGGGCCGCGCCGUGCCUGCUCGCCGGGCCGCGGAGCUCGCCGUCCCGCGACCGCCUGAACCGACCUCUGCUUUCUCCCCCAUCCCCCGCCAGCUGCUCCGCCGCCUUCCGCAGAGGCCAUGGAGGACGAGGAGCGACAGAAGAAGCUGGAGGCCGGCAAAGCCAAGCUUGCCCAGUUUCGACAAAGGAAAGCCCAGUCUGAUGGACAGAAUUCUUCCAAGAAGCAGAAAAAGAAGAAGAAAACCUCAAGCAGUAAACAGGACGUGUCGGCAUACCGUGACCAGUCCCAGAAGGAGGAGAGGUGUCUGAGCAGUUGUCAGGGGGUGGGACCCCCUGGGACUCCGGAGCCCUCAGCAAGGGGAGCCCUGCGCAGGGGGGAGAUGGUGCAGGCCGACCAGGUCUUCUCUGCUGAGCCAGAGAGUGAAAUUUCAACUACUGCAGAUGAUUACAGUUCAGAGGUUAAUGGUUGCAGUUUUGUGAUGAGAACAGGAAAGCCUGCAGAUUUAUUAAGGGAAGAAGAGUUUGGUGUCGAUGAUUCUUAUUCUGAACCAGGAGUACAGUACAGUCAGACGCACCUAGAGAUGAUGGAAACUGAAUUGACUGGGAAACAACAAGAGAUUGAAGAGCUAAGUAGAGAGUUGGAAGAGCUCAGGGCCACUUACGGGACUGACGGACUGCAGCAGUUACAAGAAUUCGAAGCUGCCAUUAAACAAAGAGACGGCAUCAUAACCCAGCUCACUGCCAAUUUACAGCAGGCAAGAAGAGAAAGGGAUGAGACAGUGAGAGAAUUUUUAGAGUUGACAGAACAAAGCCAAAAAUUACAGAUUCAGUUCCAGCAUUUACAGGCCAGUGAAACACUGAGAAGCAGCACUCACAGCAGCACAGCUGCAGACUUGCUACAAGCCAAACAGCAGAUCCUCACUCAUCAGCAGCAGCUCGAGGAACAGGACCACUUACUAGAAGACUAUCAGAAAAAGAAAGAAGACUUCAAAAUGCAGAUUAGUUUCUUGCAAGAGAAAAUUAAAGUAUAUGAAAUGGAGCAAGAUAAAAAAAUAGAAAAUGCAAAUAAAAAAGAAAUACAAGAAAAGGAGGCUAUCAUUGAAGAAUUAAGUACAAAAAUAGUAGAAGAAGAAAAAAAAACUCUUGAACUGAAAGAUAAAGUAACAGUUUCUGAUAAAUUAUUAGGAGAAUUACAAGAACAGGUUGUACAAAAAAACCAAGAGAUUAAAAAUAUGAAAUUAGAGCUGACCAGUUCUAAGCGAAAAGAAAGACAAUGUUCUGAAGAAAUAAAGCAGUUGAUGGGGACAGUUGAAGAACUUCAGAAGAGAAAUCAUAAAGAUAACCAAUUUGAAGUUGAUGUAGUGCAAAGAAUGGAGCAAGAAACACAAAGACAGUUGGAACAGCUUCGAGCCGAGUUGGAUGAGAUGUAUGGGCAGCAGAUUGUGCAGAUGAAACAAGAAUUAAUAAAGCAGCACUUGUCGCAAAUAGAGGAGCUUAAAGCACAACAUAAGGGAGAAGUGGAGAGUGCUUUGAAAUCAUAUCCACAUGCUACUGUUAAUGAAGAUCAGGUUAAGUUAAUGACCAUGGCAAUAAAUGAGUUGAACAUAAAAUUGCAAGAUACUAACUCUCAAAAGGAGAAACUCAAGGAAGAACUGGGAGUGAUUUCAGAAGAGAAGUCUGCUUUACAAAGACAGCUUGAAGAUCUUUUUGAAGAAUUGAGCUUUUCAAGGGACCAGAUUCAGAGAGCAAGACAGACAAUAGCUGAACAAGACAGUAAACUGAAUGAAGCGUACAGGUCCCUUAGUACAGUGGAAGAUUUGAAAGCUCAGAUUGUUUCAGCAUCUGAAUCCAGGAGGGAACUAGAAUUAAAACAUGAAGCAGAAGUUACAAAUUACAAGAUCAAACUUGAAAUGUUAGAAAAAGAGAAAAAUGCUGUAUUAGACAGGAUGGCUGAGUCACAAGAAGCCGAAUUGGAGAGAUUGAGAACACAACUUCUGUUUAGUCAUGAAGAGGAACUUUCCAGGCUGAAGGAAGAUUUGGAAGUUGAACACCGAAUUAACACUGAAAAGCUUAAGGAAAACUUGGGCAUUCACUAUAAACAGCAGAUAGAUGGCUUACAGAGUGAAAUGAGUCAAAAGAUAGAAACCAUGCAGUUGGAAAAAGAUAAUUUGAUAACAAAGCAGAAUCAGUUGAUUUUGGAAAUUUCAAAGCUAAAAGACUCACAGCAGUCCCUUGUGAAUUCAAAAUCUGAAGAAAUGACCCUUCAAAUCAGUGAACUUCAGAAAGAAAUCGAAAUACUCAGGCAGGAAGAGAAGGAAAAGGGAACACUCGAACAGGAAGUUCAAGAAUUACAACUUAAAACUGAGUUAUUGGAGAAGCAAAUGAAGGAAAAAGAGGAUGACCUUCAAGGAAAAUGUGUGCAGCUUGAAGCGGAGAAUAGCAUUCUGAAAGAUGAGAAGAAGACUCUGGAAGACAUGUUGAAAAUACAUACUUCUGUUAGUGAAGAUGAAGGAGUGAUUGUCAUGGACUCCGCUAAGUCUAAUUCCAAAGACUGUAGCUGGCAGAAAGAAAUAGAAAUACUCACUGAAGAAAAUGAGGGCCUCAAACAACAAUGUGUUCAAUUAAAUGAAGAAAUUGAAAAGCAAAGAAAUACGUUUUCAUUUGCUGAAAAAAACUUUGAGGUUAACUAUCAAGAGUUACAGGAAGAAUAUGCUUGCCUUCUCAGAGUAAAAGAUGAUUUGGAAGACAGUAAGAAUAAGCAAGAAUUAGAGUACAAACGUAAGCUUGAAGCACUUAAUGAAGAGCUUCAUUUGCAAAGAAUAAAUCUACCCACUGUGAAAAUGAAAAGCUCAGCCUCUGAAGAUGACAAAACCAUAUUAACAGAGCUGUUGGAAGCCAGUGAGGUUGUUGAGAAGGAUACAACAGAACUUAUGGAAAAACUUGAGGUCACCAAGCGAGAAAAACUGGAACUCUCAGAGAGACUGUCUAAUCUUUCUGAACAGUUAAAACAGCAGCAUGUUGAGAUUGGGUUUCUGAAUGAAGAAGUUAAAUCCUUAAAGCAAGAGAAAGAGCAGGUUUUAUUGAGAUGUAGAGAGCUGGAAGGAAUACUUUGCCAUAAUAGGACAGAAAACAGUUAUAUGGAGAACACUCAGUUAAAUUCUCCAAGCAACGAAAUUGGUCCUGUGACAAGUAUGGAUGGUGGAGCAUUGGUUUCUCACACAAAGAAAGGUUCCAGUGAAGAAUUGAGACUAACAGUGACAGACAAAAUUCCCUUUGCUAAUCUGCCUGUUGGAAAAGCAAGCAAGCAAGAACAAUUGUUUUUGGAUCACUUGCCCUUGGUAACAAAAGAAUCAUCGCUUGGGACAACUGAACCAAGUGAAAGCGAUAAACUUCAGCAGGAACUCAGUGUACUUAAAUCAGAACAGAAUGACUUAAGGCUGCAGAUGGAAGCCCAGCGCAUAUGCCUCUCCCUCGUUUAUUCCACUCAAGUGGAUCAGGUUCGUGAGUUCAUGGAAAACGAAAAAGAUAAAGCUCUUUGCAGACUGAAAGAGGAACUUAUCUCUGCUCAAGAGGAAAAGAUCAAGGAACUUCAGAAAAUACACCAGUUAGAACUACAAAAUACAAAAAUACAAGAAGCAGGCAAUGAAGCGAAGCCUUUACAGGCACUCCUUGGAAAACUUCAGGAGGCAGUAGCUGAGGAAUGUUCCUGUAUUUCACAGACUUUAUGCCAUGUCCUUGGUGAAUAUUAUACUCCUACUGUAAAAUGUGAAAUAAAUGUAGAAGGAAAAGAGAAUCCUGCCAGUCACACUUCUGAAUGUCCAGAAUCUCAAUUUCAAGAUUACAGAUGUAAAGUUCAAGACUUUCAAGAAAACAUGCAAACUCUUCUCAAUCAAGUAACAGAGGAAUACAACAAACUCUUGGUACUUCAGACACGAGUAAACAAGAUUAAGGGACAGCCAAUAGACGGUGUGGAACUUGAAUUUGCGGAAGAAAACAUACCAAAAGAGAAGGGAGACUCGUCCCUUCACUCUCAGAUGAGCAACUUACAAGACAUUGGUGUCAGACAUGGAGGCAGGUUACCUUCUCAGCAAGCCUCUGAACAGAUGAAGCAACUUGGAGAUGAAGUCCAACAGCUGGAGCACUCCAGAUCCCCUUUGCAGCCACAGUUGGAAGAGGUUGAUGGAAACUCUGGGGUCCAAGUCCGCUGUUUGCCGAAGAGGCUUCAGCCUAUUCAGCCAAGCUUCUCCAAUGAUUCAACAGUAAUUGUGGACUCAGAACUACAGAGAACAAUGUAUCCUGCAAAUUGUCCAGAAGACAGUACUGAUGGUACAAUAGAGUUUUCUGGUGAAUCUCAAGUGAAACCAGAAACAAAUAUGGUUAAGAUGCUGGAGAAACAGUACCAAGAACGAUUAGAAGAAGAAGUAGCGAAGGUCAUUGUGUCAAUGAGUAUAGCAUUUGCUCAACAAACUGAACUGUCUAGAGUGUCUGAGGGAGUGGAGAAUGGCACCGCAUCAGAGCAGACACGUGCUCCCUGUCAUCAGGAAGAACAGCAUUUUAAGGAAAAGCAGUUACCAAAGGGCCAAGCUGUUCUGCAGACUUUAGGGGGAACAGAUACGAAGCUUAAAGAAGAAUUUAAACCACUUAGUAAAGAGUUAGGAGAAGACCAAAAGGAAGUUCUGUUAUCAAAUGAUGAGGAUCUUGCUCAUACACUGGACUCAGAGGACCAUGAACUGACUAUUUCAGAAGAAAUGUUCUCCAAAGAUAAGACAUUUGUAGUCAGAGAAUCUGUUCAUGAUGAAAUUUUGGUAUCAAAUAUGGAUGCUUCUAGACAGCUAAUGCUGAAUGAAGAGCAGUUGGAAGAUAUGAGGCAAGAGCUUGUCCGACAGUACCAGGAACAUCAGCAGGCGAUGGAGCUGUUAAGGCAGGCACACAUGCGGCAGAUGGAGAGGCAGCGGGAAGACCAGGAACAGCUUCAGGAAGAAAUUAAGAGACUUAACAGACAAUUGGCCCAGAGAUCCUCAAUAGAUAAUGAAAACCUGGUUUCAGAGAGAGAGAGGGUGCUUUUAGAGGAGCUGGAAGCACUAAAGCAGCUGUGUUUAGCUGGAAGAGAGAAGCUGUGUUGUGAGCUGCGCAACAGCAGUACGCAAACACAGCAGGAUGGAAAUGAAAAACAGCCAGAAGCGGAGGAACAGACGUUCAAAGAAAAGGAACUGGACAGAAAACCUGAAGACGUCCCUCCUGAUAUUCUGUCCAGUGAAAGAUAUGCACUUCAGAAAGCUAAUAACAGACUUCUCAAGAUCCUCUUGGAAGUUGUAAAGACAACAGCAGCUGUUGAAGAAACUAUUGGCCGCCAUGUCCUUGGAAUUCUAGAUAGAUCUAGUAAAAUCCAGUCAUCUGCCAGUCUGAUGUGGAGAUCAGAAGCCGAGGCAUCUGUAAAAUCAUGUGUCCACGAGGAACAUAUAAGAGUUACAGCUGACUCCAUUCCCUCUUACUCUGGAAGUGAUGUGUCAAGGAGUGACAGUAGCAUGUGGUCCAAAGUGACCGAGGAAGGAGCAGAGCUGUCCCAGCGGCUUGUGAGAACUGGUUUUGCUGGAUCUGAAAUAGACCCUGAAAAUGAAGACCUGAUGCUGAACAUCAGUUCUCGACUCCAGGCAGCAGUUGAAAAACUCCUGGAAGCCAUAAGUGAAACUAGCAGUCAGCUUGAACAUGCAAAAGUUACCCAGACCGAGUUGAUGCGUGAGUCAUUCAGACAGAAACAAGAAGCCACAGAGUCCCUGAAGUGCCAAGAGGAGCUGCGAGAACGCCUGCAUGAAGAGGCCCGGGCCAGAGAGCAGCUGGCUGUGGAGCUCAGCAGGGCCGAGGGUGUCAUUGAUGGCUAUGCAGACGAGAAGACAGUGUUUGAGAGGCAAAUUCAGGAGAAGAGUGAUCUGAUCGGUCAUCUUGAGCAGGAGCUGUUGUGUGCAGGCAGCAGACUGCGGGAGCUGGAGGCAGAGCGGCAGCAGGUUCAGGAGGAGAGAGAAUUACUGUCGCGACAGAAGGAGGCCAUGAAAGCCGAGGCGGGCCCCACCGGGCAGCAAUUUCUACAAGAGACAGAAAAAUUAAUGAAGGAAAAACUAGAAGUACAAUGUCAAGCUGAAAAAGUACGUGAUGACCUUCAGAAACAAGUGAAAGCUCUGGAAAUAGACGUCGAGGAACAAGUCAGUAGGUUUAUAGAGCUGGAACAGGAGAAAAAUGCUGAACUGAUGGAUUUAAGACAGCGAAACCAAGCUCUGGAAAAGCAGUUAGAAAAAAUGAGAAAAUUUUUAGAUGAGCAGGCCAUUGAUAGAGAACAUGAAAGAGAUGUAUUCCAGCAGGAGAUACAGAAACUGGAACAGCAGCUUAAACUUGUUCCUCGCUUCCAGCCUGUCAGUGAGCAUCCGACCAGAGAGGUUGAACAGUUAACAAACCAUCUGAAGGAAAAAACAGAUAAGUGCAGUGAACUUCUGCUGUCGAAAGAGCAGCUUCAGAGGGACGUCCAGGAAAGGAACGAGGAGAUCGAGAAGCUGGGGCGCAGAGUACGGGAGCUGGAGCAGGCCUUACUCACUAGCGCGGACACUUUUCCAAAGGUGGAGAACCGCAAGCAGUUUGGAGCUGUAGAAGCUAAAGCAGAAUUGUCCUUAGAAGUACAGUUGCAGGCUGAGCGAGACGCCAUAGACAGAAAGGAAAAAGAGAUCACAAACUUAGAAGAACAAUUAGAGCAGUUUAGAGAAGAACUAGAAAAUAAGAAUGAAGAAGUCCAGCAGCUCCAUAUGCAACUAGAGAUACAAAAGAAGGAAUCCACUACUCGCCUACAAGAACUUGAACAAGAGAACAAAUUAUUUAAGGAUGAAAUGGAGAAACUGGGAUUUGCCAUAAAGGAAUCUGAUGUUCUAUCUCCUCAGGACCAACAUGUGCUGUUUGGAAAAUUUGCUCAAAUAAUACAGGAAAAAGAGAUAGAAAUUGACAGAUUAAAUGAACAAAUUAUAAAUCUUCAGCAGCAACUUGAAAUCACAACAGAUAACAAGGUCAUUGAAGAAAAAAAUGAGCUGAUAAGGGAGCUUGAAGCACAGAUAGAAUGUUUGUUGAGUGACCAAGAACGUGUGAAGAAGAAUAGAGAAGAUGAAAUCGAGCAGCUGAAUGAAGUGAUUGAGAAACUCCAACAGGAACUGGCAAGUAUUGAACAGAAGACAUCCAUGGAGCCUCCCUGCCUCCCCGAGGCAGCCGAGAGCCUGAAGCAGCAGCUGGAACAGGUGAUCGCUGAGAAGUUGGCCUUGCAGCAUCAGGUCAAAACUACCAAGGAGGAAGUGGCUGUCACAAAAAAUGUACUUGAGGAAACCAAUUUCAAAAUGUAUCAACUUACUCAAGAAUUAUGCAACUUAAAGAGAGAACAUGAAAAUGUGGAAAAAAUCCAGAGAGUACCAGAGAAAAGCAUUAAUGUGAGUGUGGGUGAUCUGAGCAAAGAUAAACCUGGGCUGGACCUGAUCCCUGCUACAGACACCCAAGCACUCCUAGAAAACCUCAGGUCUCUGGAAGAAAACAGCAAAGUUUCCAUAAGUAGUUUGGAAACAAAGUUGCUCCAGCUUGAGAGCACUGUUAGUACAAAGGACUUGGAACUUCUCCAGUGUUAUAAACAAAUAAAAGACAUACAAGAGCAAGGCCAGUCUGAAACAGAAAUGCUUCAAAAGAAGAUUGUAAACCUACAGAAAAUCCUUGAGGAAAAGGUGGCUGCUGCUCUUGUGAGUCAAGUUCAACUUGAAGCAGUUCAGGAGUACGUGAAACUCUGUCAAGAUGAGCAGACAGUCUCAUCAGAACCCGCAAGGACAGACACGCAGGAUUUAAGUCAACCGGUGACAGACACAGUGGAGUCAGAUGUAUCUGCACUGACUUUGAGAAUCUCAGAGUUAGAAAGCCAGGUGUUGGAAAUGCACUCUAGUUUGAUUUUAGAAAAAGAGCAAGUAGAAAUCGCAGAGAAAAAUGCUUUGGAAAAAGAAAAGAAAUUGAUGGAGCUGCAGAAGCUUUUGGAGGACACUGAGAGAAAGCAGGGAGAGAAAGAAGGGGCAAGCAACGCCCCAGGAGAUGUGGAAGUUCUUAAGAGAGCUACUGAGCUAACUGAUACAACUAAAGAAAGUAGAAUUUUUGGAGAACUGCAGACACUUAAAGCUGAGUCAGCAGCUACCGAGGAAGAACUUCCCAGCUACAAAGAACUGGCAGAAAAACUUCAAGAAGAGCUUUUGGUAAAAGAAGCAAAUAUUGCAUCUCUUCAGAAAGACUUAAGCUGCAUUAGAGAGCAGCUUACAGAGGCAGAAGACAAAUUAUCCCGCUUCUCAGAAAAAGAUAAGACCGAGGAACAAGGAGAUGGGAGGGUCUGCGUACCGGAACUCCCUGCUGGUGAAGUUGGUGAAAGCAUUGCCUCCCAGACAGAAGGCGCUGUCCAGGUGAACAGCCGCGCCCAGACUCCACAGACUGCGGUUAGAAGUGCGGGGAUCCAGACAGGGCCACGGAGCCACGGUUCCUCUGAAGAGGUCGCAGAGAUCACCGCUCAGUUUCCUGACAGGGUUGAGCAGGGAUCCCCAGUUCCUGAAUUAACACAUUCUAAAGCUUACCAAACUAAAGAAGUGGGUUCUAGUGACUGGGGUCAGGAGAUUUACCUCACACAAAGUCAGCCAUUUGACCCAGCAUCAGAAGGCCAUGGUGAAGAAGACGAAAGUUGCACGGAUUCGUUUCCCAAGAAAAUAAAGGGAUUGCUGAGAGCCGUGCACAGUGAGGGCAUGCAGGUGCUGUCGCUCACCGAGUCCCCCUACGGCGACGGAGAGGACUGUUUCGGUCUGCAGUUUGCAGAAUCAUGGCGGGAAGAGAGGAGAGCUUACCUCAGUACAAUCUCGUCUCUCAAGGAUCUCAUUGCCAAAGUGCAGGUGCAAAGAGAGGCUGAGGUUUUUGACAGUUCUCAGUCUCAUGAGAGCGUCUCGGAUUGGCGCGGUGAGCUCCUUCUCGCCCUUGAACAAGUUUUCUCACGGGAGCGCAGCGUGUUGCUAGCCGCCAUCCAGACCGAGCUGACAGCUCUAGGUCCUAGAGACGCAGUCGGGUUAAUACACUGUUUGGAGCAGCGAAUACAAGAACAGAAUAUUGAAUAUCAGGCAGCUAUGGAUUGUCUACAGAAAGCCGACAGACAGAGCUUGUUGUCUGAAAUCCAAGCGCUCCGUGCUCAAGUGAGCGGUAGGAAAAUGAUUCUGAAAAGAGAACACGAAAGCAGUAAACCAGGCCAGGAACUCCUGGAGCACAGCAUGCAGCAGAAGCAGGCGCAGUUGCUGGAGCUGCAGGUGGAGCUGAGCGGUGCACAGGAACGCUCUGCCGAGCUGCAGGAGCAGCUGAGCGCCGAGAAGCUGGUGGCGGCGGAGCUCAGGAGUGAGCUUGCGCAGACCAAGCUGGAGCUGGAGACGACGCUCAAGGCUCAGCACAAGCACCUCAAGGAACUGGAAGCUUUCAGGUUGGAGGUUAAAGACAAGACAGAUGAAGUUCAUUCACUUAAUGAUACACUAGCAAGUGAGCAGAAGAAAUCGAGGGAGCUCCAGUGGGCAUUGGAGAAAGAAAAGGCCAAAGUGGAGCGCAGCGUAGAACGGGAUAAGGAGGAACUUGAGGAUUUGAAAUUUUCACUUGAGGAUCAGAAACAAAGGAAUGUUCAACUAACCCAACUUUUGGAACAACAGAAACAACUACUCAGUGAAGCACAACAGAAAAUAGAAUCCCAGAGAAUGCUGUAUGACACCCAGUUAUCCGAAGAGCGAAGUCGAAGCUUAGAGCUUCAGGUGCUGCUGGACUCCGAGAAGGGCCGGGUUCGGGAGAUGAGCAGCACCCUGGAGCGGGAGCGGGAGCUGCAUGCCCAGCUGCAGGCCAGCGCCGAGAGCAGCCAGCCACGGCCUGCCGUGCCCUCCGAAGAGCUGCUGCGGGAGCUGCAGAGACAGCUGGAGGAGAAGCACGGGCGCAUAGUGGAGCUGCUGGGUGAAACCGAGAAGUACAAACUGGACUCUCUGCAAACGAGACAGCAGAUGGAGAAAGACCGGCAGGUGCACAGGAAGACGCUGCAGACAGAACAGGAGGCCAACAGCGAGGGACAGAGGAAAAUGCGUGAGCUGCAGUCCAGGGUAGAAGAUCUGCAGCACCAGCUGGAGGAGAAGCGGCAACAAGUAUAUAAGUUGGACCUCGAAGGAAAACGACUCCAAGGAAUCAUGCAGGAGUUCCAGAAGCAAGAACUGGAGCGAGAAGAAAAACGGGAAAGUAGAAGAAUUCUGUAUCAGAAUCUUAAUGAGCCAGCCAUGUGGAGCUUAACCAGUGACCGAACUAGAAACUGGGUUCUUCAGCAGAAAAUAGAAGGCGAGACAAAGGAAUCAAGCUAUCCUAAAUUGAUUGAAAUGAACGGAGGCAGAGCUGACUGUAAUCCUGAAUUAGAGAUGAUCAGACAAAAGCUUCAACAUGUGGCUUCAAAGCUGCAGCUUCUAUCCCAGAAGGCCAGUAGCAGACUACAGUUUGAAACAGCAGAUGAUGAGGAUUUCUUUUGGGUUCUGGAAAACAUUGAUGGAAUUAUUUUGCGGCUGCAGAAAUUAACUGGCCAGCUAUAUGAAGAGCCUAGCAUAGUGUCCCCAAGUACUGCUUGUGGCUCACUGACGGAAAGACUGCUGAGACAAAACGCCGAGCUGACAGGCCACAUCCGCCAGCUCACGGAAGAGAAGAAUGACUUGAGGAGCUUGGUGAUGAAGCUGCAGGAGCGGGCCAGCUGGUACCGGCAGGCGGAAGCCAGCAGAGAUGCCUCUUCUAGGUUUGCACUUAAUGGCGGUGCCAGUCUUGAAGCCAUCAUUGCUUCUGAAAAAGAAGUGUGGAGCCGAGAGAAGGCAGCACUGCAGAAGUCCUUGAAAAGGGCAGAGGCGGAAGUGUGCAAGCUGAAAGCUGAGCUAAGAAAUGAUGCUGUGCUUCAGAACCUGAGCCCUGCCUCCGAACACAUCGCCUUGAAGAGAAUUUACAGUAAAUACCUGAGGGCAGAGAGCUUCCGAAAAGCCCUCAUCUAUCAGAAGAAAUACCUGUUGCUGUUACUGGGUGGCUUUCAGGAGUGUGAGGACGCCACCCUGGCCCUGCUGGCCCGCAUGGGGGGACAGCCGGCCUUCACGGACCUUGAGGGCAUCACCAACCGCCCCCGGGGCUUCACCCGCUUCCGGUCAGCUGCCCGAGUGUCCAUCGCGAUUUCGAGAAUGAAAUUUUUGGUUCGACGAUGGCAUCGAGUCACAGGUUCUGGUUCCAUCAAUAUUAACAGGGAUGGCUUUGGACUACAUCCAGGUGCUGACAAGACAGACUCGUUUUAUCAUUCUUCUGGUGGGCUGGAGCUGUAUGGCGAACCAAGACACACAGCCUAUCGUUCAAGAUCGGAUCUGGACUAUCCUAGAUCACCUUUGCCAUUUCAAAAUAGGUAUCCAGGCACCCCUGCGGAUUUAAACCCUGGCUCCCUGGCAUGUUCACAGCUUCAGAACUAUGACCCUGACAGAGCCCUGACGGAUUACAUCACCCGGCUCGAGGCGCUGCAGAGACGGCUUGGAACCGUACAGUCAGGUUCGGCUCCUCAGUUUCAUGCUGGCAUGAGAAGAUAAUCCCCCGAAACAUCAUUCAUUGAAGUGAUUUUAAGCAAACUCCCUUUUGUAAAUCAACGGCUCUUUUGUGCUUUUGUAUUGUGAAUACUCACGGGACCAGUAGGAACACAGCUUAUGAUUGUAUACAAAUCCCUUGCCAGCACAUUAAUGCAAACUUGAAUUUGUAUAUAUGCGCAUUGUGUAUGUAGCCAUGCACAAUCAGAGUACAUGUAUAUUUGUGGAAUGUUAAUUUAAAUGAUUAAAUUAUGGACUCGUGGGUGAGAAGAUUCAGGCAUUGUGCGUCAUGCUGCUGCUGAGCGUGUGCCCGCCGUGCCCUUGCCUCCCAAGGCCACGGCAGGCACACGUCUGCCUAACACAUUUCUACUGGUGAUGACGACAGACACUGUCACUUGUAGAGCCCUAUUUUUGUAUUAAUGGUAGAAGUUUUGAAUUUUAUGGGGUAUUUUGCCAAGUACUGAAAUAAAAACGACUUCACCAUUUUCACCAUA